AUGGUGAAGCUCAUGAAUCGCUCCGUUGUUCUACAACUGCUCCUGCUUGCACUGCUGGGGACACAAUCGGUGCUGGCAUCGAGCGCGCCCUCCGCCGCCACCCUGGAAGGUUGCCGGACGAGCUGCGGCAACCUAACCUUCGACUACCCCUUCAGCAUCGGUGCAGCUGGUUGCUUCCGGGACCCAGACUUCGAGCUCAUCUGCAACGACUCUGUUCGACCCCCUAUGCUUUCUUUACGUGAUGGCAUCACCCAGGUGGCCUAUAAUAUCGUCACUGCCGAUGCCGGGGCUCGCUACAGCGACAACGACGAAAUUGAAAUCGCCCUAAACUACACCAUCCCCAUGAGAAACGGUGUCGAUGCAAAUAUUCGAGCCUUUGGGCUCAACUUCGUACGACACAACCAGAGCAGUGUCGUUCAUCAGGUGCAGCCUAAUCGGAGCUCUUUAUGGGAUUACAUAAACGCGACUACACUUGGUGCCGGGCUCACUUGGAACAUCAUCGAUCAACCAAGCUGCGCCAGCGCCAAAGAAAACAAUAUUACCAACUAUGCUUGUGUUGCCAAUAACAGCCGGUGUAUUGACAACGAAGAAUCAUUGGAUUUCGGGUAUUCUUGCCGGUGCAAUCCUGGCUACGUUGGCAAUCCUUAUAUUCUCAGUGGCUGCGCCAAGGACACAGGUAUCAUCUAG